AUGGUCCAUUUAUAUGCACCCUAUUCCAGAAAACCAUUUAGUUGGUCAGAAUUCUAUCGCCCGAUUGAACUAGAAAUGUCUGAAGCCCCUGUUGCUACUGAAGUCCCUGUUGAAGCUGCUCCCGUGGAGACCACUCCCGCUGCUCCUGCUCAGCAAGAGCGCCGCCCCCGUGGCCGUGGUCGUGAGGGUCGUCGUCCUCGCCGUGGUCUUGAGGAGUCUAAGGAAUGGGUGCCUGUGACCAAGAUUGGUCGUCUGGUGAAGGCCGGAAUGAUCACCUCCAUCGAGGAGAUCUACAUGUUCUCUCUUCCCAUCAAGGAGCCCGAAAUCGUGGACAGACUGGUCCCUGAGCUCAAGGAGGAGGUCAUGCAGGUGUUCUCCGUCCAGAAGCAGACCACUGCCGGUCAGAGAACCCGCUUCAAGGCUUUCGUCGCCGUUGGUGAUAGCAACGGUCAUGUGGGUCUUGGUUCGAAGUGUGCUAAGGAAGUCGCCGGAGCCAUCAAGGGAGCCAUUCUGGUUGCCAAGAUGUCGAUCAUUCCCGUCCGCCGUGGUUACUGGGGUGACAACGCUGGAGACGUGCACACCGUGCCGAUGAAGGUCACUGGAAAGUGCGGAUCUGUGCGUGUGCGUCUGAUUCCUGCUCCUCGUGGAACUGGAGUCGUCGCUUCUCCCGUCCUGAAGAAGAUGCUGACUCUGGCUGGAAUUGAUGAUGUGUACACCAGCUCGCGUGGUCACACCCGUACUCUGGGUAACUCGAUCAAGGCUUGCUUCGCUGCCUUGAAGCACACUUACUCGUACUACACUCCUAACUUCUGGAACAACACCUGCACUGAGCAGAUCCCCUACCAGAAGUUCACUGAUUUCCUCAGCAAGGAGGCCAAGGUGAAGGAGUACUAAGCAGCAGUCGAUUCUGUAAGAGAGUAUUAAGGAGAGUGUGGGCGACACUACGGUGCGUGUGUGCCGACCUUAAUCGAUGUGUUUGUUGAAACAAACAAACAAACAAACAAACAAACAAACAAACAAACAAA